UUCUCUGAUCCUGGACCGGGUCCAGGUCUGGGUUCAGGUCUAUAAGAGUCCACGGCAUCGCAGCUCAGACGUCGGUUCAUCAUGAAGACACUGGUGUUUCUGCUCGUCGCCGUCGCUGUUGGCGACGCCAAGGUGUUCACCCGCUGCGAGUGGGCGCGCACGCUGAAGCGUUAUGGGAUGGAUGGUUUCCAUGGCGUCAGCCUGGCCGACUGGGUGUGUCUGUCCAAGUGGGAGUCGGAUUACAACACCGACGCCAUCAACCAGUACAACUGGGACGGGUCCAAAGACUACGGAAUCUUCCAGAUCAACAGUCGUUACUGGUGCAGCAACGGCGGCGUCAGCUCAGCCAACGGCUGCGGGAUCACAUGCAAUGAACUUCUGGGUGAUAACGUUGCUGUUGCCAUCAGAUGUGCCAAACGUGUGGUCCAGGACCCCAACGGUAUCCGAGCCUGGGUGGCCUGGAGGAGUCACUGUGAAGGACGAGACCUGAGCUCAUACGUGGCAGGAUGUGGAGUUUAAGGCCCGGGACCAUGUGACCCAGGACCACAUUAGUCCAGACC